AGUGCUGCCUCAGCUAUGGCCCCAGUCAAGGUGGGAGAUGCCAUCCCUUCAGUGGUGGUUUUUGAAGGGAAGCCUGGGAACAAGGUGAACCUGACAGAGCAGUUCAAGGGCAAGAAAGGGGUACUGUUUGGAAUCCCUGGGUCCUUUACCCCGGCCUGUUCCAAGACCCACUUGCCAGUGUUUGUGGAGCAGGCUGAGGCUCUGAAGGCCAACGGGGCUCAGGUGGUAGCAUGUCUGAGUGUUGAUGUUUUUGUGACUGAAGUGUGGGGACCAGCUCACAACUCAGGAGGCAAGGUUAGGCUCUUGGCUGACUCCACUGAGACCUUUGGGAAGGAGAUGGAUUUGUUACUAGAUGAUUCAUUUGUGUCUAUCUUUGGAAAUCACCAGCUCAAGAGGUUCUCCAUAGUGGUAGAGGAUGGCAUAGUGAAGUACCUGAAUGUGGAACCAAAGGAUAUAGGCCUCACCUGCAGCCUGGCUCCCAACAUCAUCUUGCAGCUCUGA